GUUUUUGUUAUAAUUCAGGAAGAACCCUACUCAUUUCAAAAAUAGUUGGGGAGUUUUGUCAGAAUUACAUUAUUUUCAAAGGAAAUUAUUAUAAUCCUGAGCACUAUCGAGUGUGGAUAGCGAGCUCCUGUGUCGAGCAAAUAGAUACACGUGAGUAGUUGUAUUCCUUACAACUUGGCUCCCAUCACCUGUCAAUCAAUCACCAUUCCAGCCCAUCCACCCCACCUGUGUGGUCGUACCAGGUCUGGCCCGUUGGCAUGGCGAUGAUGGAGGAAGGGGCACGGAGCUGCCUGCUUCAGUCACGCUCCAGCCUGGAGCAGGACAUCAGGGCUUCCUACCUGAUGGAUCACAUGAUCAGUGACGGUGUGCUGACGGGGGACGAGGAGGACAGGAUCAGGAGCAAGCCCACCAGGAAAGAGCAGGCGGCGGCCCUGCUGGAGCUGCUCCUGAGGAAGGAUAACCAGGCCUACAUCUCCUUCUACAACGCCCUGGUCCGCGAGAGCUACGGAGACCUGGCCAGCCUGCUCCACAACAGCCUGCCCCUGGUCUCCCCUGAGGCUGAGAAGAGCUUCUCAGACGGUGGCACCCGCUAUGUCCAGGCGGUGCUGAGUGAGGGCGGCGUGCCCCAGAGACCCGUGGUGUUUGUGAGCCGGCCAGCCCUGGUGAACCGGGUCAGGGAGAAGCUCUACCGCUUGCAGAAGGAGCCUGGCUGGGUCACUGUGUUCGGCAUGGCCGGCUCCGGCAAGUCUGUCUUGGCUGCGGAGGCAGUCCGAGACCACGCACUCAUCACAGAGUGUUUUCCGGGAGGAGUCCACUGGCUGUCCGUAGGCCAGCUGGACCGGUCUGACCUGCUGGUUAGGAUCCAGUCACUGUGUUUCCGCCUGGAGCAGCAGAGCCAGGAGAAAGACCCCUCGUCCUCCCUCCACCGGCCUCCUGGCUCUCUGGAAGAGGCCAAGGAGCGACUACGCUUCCUCAUGCUCCGUCGUUACCCCAGGUCGUUGCUGAUACUGGAUGACAUCUGGGAUAGCUCGGUGCUCAAGGCCUUUGACAUCCAGUGUCGAGUACUGCUCACCACCCGAGACAGAAGCCUAGCCGACUGUGUCAGCGGUUCUAAGUCCGAGGUGGCAGUGGAGAGUGGUCUGGAGGAGGAUCAGGCCUUGGAGAUCCUCGCCCUGUAUGUCAACGGGAAACCCCAGAGACUCCCAGAACAGGCCCGCAGCAUUGUCAGAGAGUGCAAAGGCUCUCCCUUGGUGGUGUCCCUAAUCGGGGCCCUGCUGCGGGAGUUCCCGGACCGCUGGGCCUACUACCUGCACACGCUCCAGCAGAAGAAGUUCAAGCGUAUCCGUAAGUCGUCUUCGUAUGACUACGAUGCCCUUGACCAGGCCAUGGCUGCCAGCAUCCAGGUCCUGUCUGAGGAACACAGGGAGCUGUACAUUGACCUCACCGUGCUGGAGAAGGACGUCAAAGUACCUGCCAAGGUUCUGUCGGUUCUGUGGGAUCUAGAACCGGAAGAGGUGGAGGACGUUCUCCAGGACUUUGUGAACAAGUCCCUACUGUUCCGUGACUGUCACCACCGGCCCUACCUCUACUACCUCCACGACCUCCAGCUGGACUUCCUGGCUGAGAUGAACCGCUCUGGUCUAGAAAGCCUCCACACCAAGGUGGUGUGUCAGUACCAGCAGCGCUACAGCCAGGGUCCCCCCACCUCAGGAGAUGAAGAGUGCCUCUACUGGUUCAGAUUCCUCACCUACCACAUGGCCAAGGCCAACCUCACACAGGAGUUGUGCUCUCUGAUGUUCUCUCUGGACUGGGUCAGAACUAAAGCUCAGAUUAUGGGACCGGCUCAUCUCAUCAAUGACUAUGUGGAGUACGGCACCAUACUGGACAAAGAGAACAGCGAGGUGCGGGGCCACUUCCAGGAGUUCCUGUCUCUGAACGGCCACCAGUUGGAGCAGCGUCCGUUCCCUGACGUAGUUCAGCUGGCCCUGUCCCAGCCAGACUCCUCUGAGGUGUACCGCCAGGCCCUGCUGCAGGCGCAGGAGAGGGCCACCAGAGGGGGACUCUACCUUGACUGGGUGAACAAAAGUAGUCUGAAGAGCCUGUCUCGUCUGGUGGUCCAGCCCCACCAGGGAUCCAUCUACUCUGCCUGCUUCUCCCACGACGGCACCAAGAUCGCCUCCUGUGGCUCCAGCAAGACACUGCGAGUGUUUAAGAGCACGUCUGGGGAGAAGCUGCUGGAGAUCCAGGCCCAUGAUGAUGAGGUGCUCUGCUGCGCCUUCUCCCCGGAUGACCAUCUCCUAGCAACCUGCUCCAGUGAUAGGAAGGUCAAGGUUUGGAACGUGGAGCGUGGGACUCUGAUGAGGAUGUUUGAGGACGAACACGAGGAGCAGGUCAACCACUGUCAGUUCACCAACACACUCCGACGCCUCCUACUGGCCACCUGUUCCAACGACAAGUUCAUGAACACCAAGCUGUGGAACAUCAAUAAACCCUCCUCCCAGAACACCAUGUUUGGUCAUUUGGAGCCUGUCAAUCACUGCUGUUUCUCCCCUGAUGACGCCUACCUCUCCACCUCUUCCAGCGACGGAACCCUGAAGCUGUGGGAGGUGUCCUCGGCUAAUGAGUGGAAGUCCAUAGACGUGGCGGACAUGUUCCCGGAGCAGAGAGAGCAGACGGAGGUCAUGGUGAAGUGCAGCACCUGGUCAGCAGAUGGCAGGACCAUCAUCUGUGCUGCCAGGAACGCAGUCUUUGUGUUUGAUGUAGAGACGGCGGCCAUGUUGUUGGAGAUCCGGACCAGUCGUCUGAGCACGGUGCAGUACUGUCACGCCUGUCCCAGCAGCAACCUGGUGGCCAUCGCACUGUCACACUAUGCUGUGGAGCUGUGGGACAUAGAGACCAGUAAGAAGAUGGCUGACUGUAGUGGUCAUCUGAGCUGGGUCCAUGGAGUCCAGUUCUCCCCUGACGGAUCUCUACUGCUCUCCUGUUCUGACGACCAGACCGUCAGGGUGUGGGAGACUAAAAAAGUCCACACCUCAUCAGCUGUCUGUUUGAAGAGGGAUUCUGACGUGCUCUUUAACAACGGUGACAUUACCGUGGUCGCCGCCGACAACCGCAACAGACUGCAGGUGAGGAAUGGGAGGACCGGAGCGGUGAUGUUCCAGUCAGAGAACCAGGAGUCUCGUAUCCGCUGCACUGCGAUCUGCUCACAGACCUCAGCUGUGGGGCUGGGACGAGAGGAUGGGACGAUACAGGUGUUGGAGGUGCCGUCGGGGACCUCUCUAGCCACUCUUCAGGGUCACACCAGGGCAGUUCUCCACUGCCAGUUCACCCCGGAGGGACACACACUCAUCACCUCCUCUGAGGACACCACCAUACGGGUGUGGAGGUGGAGGACAGGUGAGUGUGUGGUUCUGGAGGGCCACAAGGAGCAGGUCAGAUGCUUCUCUCUGCUCACCACCACACCCUCCUCAGAGACACAUCUCCUCAGCUGGUCCUUUGAUGGCACCAUCAAGGUGUGGGACAUGUCUAGUGGUGAACUGCUGCAGGAUCUAGUGUGUCACCAGGGGGCGGUGCUAGCCUGUGACGUGUCGCCUGAUGGACAGCUCUUCGCCACCACUUCUGCUGAUAAGACUGCCAAGGUGUGGAGCAGUGCAUCGUGGGAGUGCGUGCGCCUGUUGGACGGCCACCAGGACUGUGUCCGCAGCUGCCGCUUCUCUUGGAACGGCCGGCGCCUAGCAACCGGCGACGACAACGGAGAGAUACGGCUAUGGAACGUGAAGGAUGGUACUCUGCUAAAGAUCUGUUCCCGUGACAACAAGGACGCCAUGGACUCUCUGCACGGAGGCUGGGUGACCGACCUGCACUUCUCCCCAGACAACACUGUGCUGCUGUCUACAGGAGGAUACAUUAAGUGGUGGAACGUGGAGAAAGGAGAGGCCCUCCAGACCUUCUACCCGACAGGAGCCAAUCUGAAAAGGAUCCACGUGUCACCUGACUUCUCCACCUUCGUCACCAUCGACAAUAUCGGAAUCCUCUACAUCCUGAAGAAGGUGGAAUGAGGAAGCAUAGCUCAUUAGUCUAAAGUGGUGUCCUUAUAGCUCAUUAGUCUAAAGGGGGCGUAGCUCAAUAAUGGAAAUAGCUCUCAUCUCCUCUCCUUGCAUUGAUCUGAAAGAGCCAGACAGGUGAGAGCCAAUGUCUGUUAGUCAUCUGUCAUGUUGCUUUAGCCUGCGUUCUCAGAUCAGAGUAGGUGAAGAACAGGAGAUCUGCUAAAGGACAAUCAUUUCUCCUGCUCUGCCUUCUGCAUGCCACAACAGUCAAACAGUCACAACAAACUAC